CUUUCCUAUGUUAGCUUGAGUGUCGCAUUCGUUUACCUAAAUCAACCUCCAAACCCGAGAUACCGAGCUUGUAUCAAUAAACGAACAGCUAGGCCCAACCAUUUUCUACUUUAAAAACCUCUACUUGCGGUUAUGUGUUUUCAGUCUGGAUAUUCGUUUAUUGUAGUGAGUUGUAGAUGUUCCAUAAUGAAAUCGAUGGGAACUAGACUCGAUUUCAAUGUUUUAGUAAAGUAAAGUGUUGAGUUGUGAAGAGAAGUAUAUUGUUUAUUAGUGAUUAGGUAGUGAUGGAAAUAACAACAUUGAUUAAGUGUGAUUAUAUUCCAGUUUUUGAAUAGUCCCAGUCUGGAAUGAAAUACUGUUAGAUCUUGUAAGACUUAGAUAUACCCAUGUAGAUAAUGGUACUAGUUGAAUAUUUACAGGCAUCAUUUGUAAGAUAAUUUCUGUCUGAGUAUGGUUCCAGUAAGCUGAUUCUGAAGCUGAAUACAAUAAGUAUGUAUUAAGAAUGCCAAAUUAUAUCGCUUUUUGUGUUUCGUAUAUUAUCCGAUUGUGACAGAAAUUUUUUUUUUUAUUAAACUUCAAGAUAUUGAUGAUACUGGAUUAGAUUAGAUGUAAACCGUGUUAGCCAUGAGAACCAUGUUAAUUAAAUAAAAUAUACUGACGGAUAUCUAUUAAUUUACUGAAUAUUUUGUGAGAAGCGAGUUGUGUUCUUGAGUUGUAGUGACUAAACCAGUAUUUAAGACCUGUAUUGAUUAUUUGUGAAGUGAACAGUAAUACAGAUAUUAACCCAGGAUAAUAUCAUCUAACAAAAAAAUGAAUGAAGAAAAAGAAGCUGUGUUACCCAGCAAACGGAACACAACCUAUCCGCCGCCAAUACAUAGUGGUUUAUAUAACAUGGAUGCCAAAAUGGGAUUAAAUGGCUGUGGUAAUUUUCUCAAGUAUUCUAUGUUCCUCUUCAAUGCAAUCAUAUUGAUUACAGGUUGUGGGUUAUUGGGAUUAGGAAUAUAUACAAGGACCAGUCAAACUGGAUUAUCACGAGUAUCAUCUAUAUUAGGAAGCUAUUUAUAUUCCACAUUAUCAUUAGUUCUUAUUAUAACUGGCGGUGUUGUCAUUGUUCUUUCUUUCCUCGGUUGUUGCGGAGCCUUGAAGGAAGUAAAAUGUAUGCUCGUCUCAUUUUUCGCAUUACUGUUGUUAAUGUUUUUGGGUCUAAUAGUUGGCGGCACUGUAGUUUAUGCUUUCAAAGACCAGAUAGGUGAAUACACUAUAAAAGAACUAUAUCGAUCAUUAAAUUCGUCCUAUGGUUUAGAUGGACAGGAAUCUGUCACAGAGGCAUGGAAUUCUAUGCAAAAAAUAAUUGUCAACUUUCAGUUCCAGUGUUGUGGUGUUGAUGGUGACAUUAAUUCUACCAGUUCCUGGGCCUAUUAUAAAGAAAAUACAGAAUGGUUCAGAAACCAAACAGAUAACAUGAAGAGGUUUGUGCCAGAGAGUUGUUGUGUAAGUCAGAUGGAUCUAAAUGUAACAAAAUGUCAGGCCAGAAUUGAGAAACACAUCAUACCUGCUAUAGGCCCACCUGUCUUUGCCGAUAUGGAAAAUGACCAACUUUUUACAGAGGGAUGUUACACUGCCUUUUAUAACUUCAUCUCUCGGAAUGCACAGAUAGUUGGUGGUAUUGGAGUUGGGAUUGGCGUCGCCAUGAUAUUAGGAAUGAUUUUUGCCAUUUGCCUAUGUAAAAGAAUUAAAGAUGAUUACUAUUUUGACUGAGAAAUGAAAUUUAUAUUUAUUACUUUAUUUUCGAUGGCUUUUAUUCCUUUAAGAGAUAUUUUUUUGGACAAGAAAUUAUGACAUCUCAACUUUCGUCUGUUUGUUUGUGAACUUACAGUGUUAGAUUACAAUUAAAGAAAACAAUAAUGCAAGAAAUGAAAUUUAUUUUUCCAAGUGCUCAAUUUUAUUUGAGAAGUAGAACUGAGUAAAUAGGAUAUGUAAAUGAAUUAUAAAUAACUCAUUAUGUAACUCUUUGUCAUUUCAGUGUACAAGCUUUUGAAAUUCAUGCACUACAGCUUGUCUGUUAUAUUCUUGUAUAUAUUGGCAUUCAGUUACAUGUAUAAAUGAAAGUAUUUUGUUUUAAUUUACAAAAUAAAACAUUAUUAUUUUCCUCCAGACAUCCAAGUUUGUCUGUUCUUCCAAACAACAGUUAUAAUGAAUUUGUCAAAAUUGUGUGUACAUUGGAAUUGGGGUUCUUCUUUUUUCAUUACUUUUCUAUGAAACAUGCGGAAAUAAUUUUUACUGAGACCCAAUGACAAUGAAAGCGCUAUACUUUUAUAAAUAGAUUAUUGUAGAUCUCAUUUGAGACAGCACCAGAUCACGACGAUAACACGUAAGAAUCGUGUUUUCGGGAUCGCAAAAACGAAUCACAGACCAAUUUUCAUAAACACUAAAGUAUGAGUUUGAUAGAAUGCGCAUGUUGAAAAUCCCGAUUUUAUGGUGCAGAAAUGAGUACAAGAGCCGUCGCCCCCAAGGUUUUGGUGCCAUCACACUACCACUGUGAGUCUGGCUGGUCCUUUCCACCUGGCAAGAUAACCAAAUUCCCGUACUACUGCUACUGUGAGAAGCCCACCACACAUGGGUUCACCAAUGCUGACACACUGUUCGUUGCCAGAAUACGCGUCAGGCGGCCUUAUGGACCCCGUGGACAUUUUACUGGCUUUUGACUUUUAACUCACAUGCCUAAAGUUGUUAUGUCCUCUGUGGGGUUUCUUGUGUCGGUAAAUGUCCAAUCUACAUGUAUCAAAUCACAUUUCCCGUCAACUCAGUGUUGCAUUUUCAUUGUGUUUCAGUAUGUCUGAAUAUAAUUUAGCAGACUAAAGGAGUUUCACUUCGACUUUAAAUUAGAUUGCUAUACAAAAAGUUAUUCGUAUGUCUGAUUUCUAUUUGUGUAUUACAUUGUCAGUGAUAAGCUUUUUGUUAUAUUUUAAUACAAUGUCCAAAAUACAGUAGUUGUAUUAUUGUUGCUACAGAAUCAUUGUAGUUUUCAUACAUUUCAUUUAUGUUUAGCAAUUUCUUUCUUUGAUUUAUAUAUAAGCUUAAAUUUUAAUGUGGUGGGUAUAUAUUUCCAUCACCCGUCCACCGUCAUACAAUACUCUUUAAGGGGGUAGUACGAAAUAUAAUAUAGUGAAUAAAACUGCCUAGAAUAAA